AUGUACUUCUGCAGGGACACGAGGGGGGCCUGCGGAGGAGAGGGUGCUGCGUCCCUCCGCCUCCUGGUGCGCACGCUUUCCACCUUCCGUCCGAGUCUCGCAUCGGAGGACACCAGAGCCAAGGCUCGUCCCUUGUGGGAGGAAGGGAUCCCAAGGACAGAUGCUCGCGAGGACGUGGCGCACAUCCCAAACGCGGAUUCUCCUUGCCAGGCCACUGCACCAGACCGCCAGGACCCGGCCGCCCGCCGCCCAGCACCCGCGGUGGCCAAGGGUCCCGGGAGCCCGGCGCAGCGCGCGGGUCCCACCGCCAGAGGGUGCCCCGAGCGCGCCCUGCCGCCCCCCGCCCCGCUGCCCGCCGAGGGUUCGGCGCGCGCUGCCUUGGCCAGCCCCCAGCCGGGCCCGGGACGCAGGCGGGAGGAUACCGCAGGGGACGCACGGCUGAGCGCCCGGGCUGUCACCACCGACCCACCGCUCGCUCCGUCCCGGGACGCCGGCUUCUGGAGACCCCCCCGGCCCCCCGCCACCCCACCGCUCGCUCCAGCCAGGCUCCCGGGCUCCCUCUCCCCGCUGAGCACCUUCCCGGGACGGAGAGCGAUGUCUGCCCGCGCCGGUGGCGGUCUGGCGGCUUGCCGGGCACCGCCGCUCGCGCCGCUCUGGUGCUUUUCAGCCGCCCUGGGGAUGCUGUGGUCCCCAGCCUCCCAGGCGUUCAACCUGGACGUGGAGAAGCUCACGGUGUACAGCGGCCCCGAGGGCAGCUACUUCGGCUACGCGGUGGACUUCCACCUACCUGAUGCGCGCACAGCGAGUGUCUUAGUGGGGGCUCCCAAAGCCAACACCAGCCAGCCGGAUAUCUUGGAAGGGGGCGCCGUCUAUUACUGUCCCUGGCCGGCCGAGGGGUCUGCUCAGUGCAAACAGAUACCAUUUGACACCACCAACAACAGAAAGAUCAGAGUGAAUGGAACCAAAGAGCCCAUCGAGUUCAAGUCCAAUCAGUGGUUUGGAGCAACAGUGAGAGCACACAAGGGGACAGUUGUGGCCUGUGCCCCUUUGUAUCAUUGGAGAACUCUUAAACCAACACCAGAAAUGGAUCCAGUCGGCACUUGCUAUGUUGCCAUUCAGAAUUUCAGUUCGUAUGCUGAGUAUUCUCCUUGCCGGAAUAGCAACGCUGAUCCUGAAGGCCAGGGCUACUGUCAAGCAGGAUUUAGUUUGGAUUUUUAUAAGAAUGGCAAUCUCAUAGUCGGAGGACCAGGAAGUUUUUAUUGGCAAGGUCAGGUGAUCACUGCCAGCAUUGCAGAUAUCGUUGCAAAUUACUCAUUCAAGGAUAUUCUCAGGAAAUUGGCUCGAGAGAAACAGACUGAAGUGGCUCCAGCUUCUUAUGACGAUAGCUACCUAGGGUACGCAGUUGCUGCGGGGGAAUUUACUGGAGACUCUCAGCAAGAACUGGUGGCCGGAGUUCCAAGAGGAGCACAGAAUUUUGGAUAUGUUUCAAUCAUUAACUCUACAGAUAUGACCUAUAUACAGAAUUUCACUGGCGAACAGAUGGCAUCAUAUUUUGGAUACACUGUUGCAGUGUCAGAUGUUAACAAUGAUGGGAUGGAUGACAUAUUGAUUGGCGCACCUCUCUUCAUGGAACGUGAAUUUGAGAGUCACCCUAAAGAAGUGGGGCAAGUUUACUUGUAUUUGCAAGCAAGCCCUCUCCUCUUCAGAGACCCUCAGGUCCUCUCAGGCACUGAGGUUUUUGGGAGAUUCGGUAGUGCCGUCGCUCACUUAGGAGACCUGAACCAAGAUGGCUACAAUGACAUUGCAAUCGGGGUGCCCUUUGCAAGCGAGGACCAAGAAGGCAAAGUGCUCAUUUACAAUGGAAACAAGCAUGGAUUAAACACUACGCCUUCCCAAAUUCUGAAAGGAGCUUGGGCCUCACACGCCAUGCCUUCAGGAUUUGGUUUCACUAUAAGAGGAGAUGCAGACAUAGACAAGAAUGAUUACCCAGAUUUACUUGUGGGCGCAUUUGGAACAGGAAAAGUAGUUGUUUACAGAGCCAGGCCAGUUGUGACGGUGGAUGCCCAGCUUCUGCUGAACCCAAUGAUCAUCAAUCUCGAAAAUAAAACUUGCCAGAUUCCAGAUGCUAUGACAGCUGCUGCCUGCUUUUCUUUAAGAGUGUGUGCAUCGGUAGCAGGCCAGAGCAUUUCCAACUCAAUAGGCCUCCUGGCUGAGGUGCACUUAGAUUCACUGAAGCAAAAAGGAGCCAUUAAACGAACACUCUUCCUUGACAACCAUCAGCCCCAUCUCAUCUUCGCUCUCUUGGUAAAGGGACAGAAAGCCCACCAGUGCCGGGACUUGGUGGUUUACCUUCGAGAUGAAACUGAAUUCCGAGAUAAAUUAUCUCCAAUCAACAUUAGCUUGAAUUACAGUUUGGAUGAAUCCACCUUUCAAGAAGGUCUGGCAGUGAAGCCAAUACUGAACUACUAUCGAGAAAACAGUGUUAGGGAGCAGGCCCAUAUCCUGGUGGACUGUGGAGAAGACAAUAUGUGCAUUCCUGACUUGAAGCUGUCGGCUCGACCGGAUAAGCACCAGGUGAUCAUUGGAGACGAAAAUCACCUCAUGCUCAUUAUAAAUGCAAGAAACGAAGGGGAAGGAGCCUACGAAGCGGAACUCCUUGUAACGAUCCCAGAAGAGGCUGAUUAUGUUGGGAUUGAGCGCAACCACAAGGGACUGCGGCCACUGAGCUGUGAGUACAAAAUGGAAAAUGUGACCAGAACGGUGGUGUGUGACCUCGGGAACCCUAUGGUGGCUGGAACAAAUCAUUUUCUGGGCCUCCGAUUUGCAGUUCCACGUCUUGAGAAAACAAACAUGAGCAUUCACUUCGAUCUCCAAAUCAGAAGUUCUAACAAGGACAAUCCAGACAGCAAUUUUGUGAGCCUGCAAAUCAACAUCACCGCUGUGGCUCAAGUAGAAAUCAGAGGAGUAUCCCACCCUCCGCAAAUUGUUCUGCCCAUUCAUAACUGGGAGCCAGAGGAGGAGCCUCAUAAAGAAGAAGAAGUUGGACCUUUGGCGGAACAUGUUUAUGAGCUGCACAAUAUUGGUCCCAGUGCGAUCAGUGACACCCUUCUGGAAGUGGGCUGGCCCUUCUCUGCCCGGGAUGAAUUUCUCCUCUAUAUUUUUCAUAUUCAAACCCUGGGGCCACUGCAGUGCCGGACAAAUCCUGCUAUCAACCCACAGGGAAUUAAGCCUGCAGCCUCCCCAGAGGACACCCCAGAGCUUAGCGCCUUUUUGCAGAACUCAACUAUUCCUCGCCUCCUCAGGAAGAGGGAUGCACCUGUGGUGGAGCUCCACAGACAAAGCCCUGCAAAAAUACUGAACUGUACAAACAUUGCGUGCUUACAAAUCUCCUGUGUGGUGGGACGACUGGAAGGAGGAGAAAGUGCAGUCUUGAAAAUCCGAUCACGGUUAUGGGCCCAAACAUUCCUCCAGAGAAAAAAUGACCCCUAUGCUCUUGCAUCCCUGGUGUCCUUUGAAGUCAAGAAGAUGCCUUAUAAAGAUCAGCCAGAGAAACUCCCACAAGGCAGCAUCGCAAUUAAGACCUCAGUGAUUUGGGCAACCCCGAAUGUUUCCUUCUCCAUCCCAUUAUGGGUAAUCAUAUUAGCAAUCCUUCUUGGACUGUUGGUUCUGGCCAUUUUAACCUUAGCUUUAUGGAAGUGUGGAUUCUUUGAUCGAGCACGACCUCCCCAAGAUGAUAUGACUGACAGAGAACAACUGACAAGCGACAAAACCCCAGGCGCAUGAAAAGGAAAAACAAAGACUCCCUUACGCACCCGCAAAAAAGCCCAACACUGGUUCUGUUCACAGGAAAGAAAGAACAUAAGGAUUCGCUAGACUGGCUUUCUGGAUCCUGCCUGUGAGCUCGGAGAUGGAAGGGCCCUGCAAAUAACACCUCCUCUAAGCCGUGCUGUGGAGGAGUUGCCAAGGGAGUCCAAAGACCCUUUGGGGAAAGGCAACAUCCUCAACAUUAUAGAAGCAAUCAUCAGAAUUGGAAGAUUUCCUUUGUCAUUCUGUAUUUGAUAGACACUUUCAGAUGUAAACGUGAACUUGGUUGCUUUCCAGGUACAUCCAAUUUAAGUGGCAAAGAUGACAUGUCUGAAUUACAACAAAAUGUGGAAGGUGGAUGAGGACAGAACCUUCCAGCACUACUGUAUCCAUGGAAUAUUUGACACCUCCCUAUGGAAAAGAAACAUUUCUUAUGACACUAUGGCUCAGGGAGACACGCAAUAUGUUGUUAUUGGUACUGUGAAAGUACUUUGCAAACUACAAAGAAUUAACCUAGUGAGUGAGGACAGAAAUUUAUUUAUUUAUUUUCCAUUUCUCUUGGUUGAAAAUCUGCGUUCCCAGAGGAUAUGGGAAUUUAGAUUUGGUUAGCUAGUGGGUUUUGUUUUAUUUUGAUCACUCAAUUUCCUUCUAAGAUAACCCUUUCUGUGCAGAUCAAUCACUGAAGAGAAGCUUCUUUUAGAGUUUAGACAGUAUGAAGAAAAAGAAAAUUGGUGUCAGGAAUCCAUGUCGUCGAAAAGUGCUUGAAUUGUACACUUUUACAGGGGCUCACACCUGCAAUACUUAGCUUAAUAUAUUCCAUUUAAAUUUCCCUUCGCCUUUUCAGAAAAUGUAUUUACAUUAGAUUUGUUAACACUUCACAAAUUCCAAGCCACUCUUCACCUUGCCUGGUGCUUCAAAGCAAUGCUAGGAUUUCUGGAGUUCAUUCGUUAAACAAAGUAAUUUAGCAAUCUUGCUAAGCGCAGUACUUUUAAUGUUUAUAAAAAUCAACACCAGUAUUUAGCUAUAGAUUAAAUACCUAUUUUUGCUACUAUCUCUCAUAAUUAUGAAGUUGAAUAAAAUAUUUUGAACAUAAAUAAGGAAAUAUAAAGUUAUAUCGGUGUGAGAUUAACUUAGAAAAUAGGAAUGUGGGGUUUUAGUUAAAAUUACUUAUUCCAACUUUACUUUUUUUUUUUUAACUGCUAAUCAUUAUAGUACACAACUUUGGACAUUCAUCUGUCACAUAAGCUAUGUGCCCAUCUUGAAUUUAACCAUCAAAAGGAUAUGAUUUUUAAAAUCUUUAUAAAUAAUCCAUAGUCAUGUGUCUUAUUGUCCUAUUUGAAAUAAAACUGACCAGCCAAAUUCAUUAAGUCUGCACAAUUUUAUAUCCUUUUUAUAAUAACAAAAAUUACAAUGCAGAAAUACCAAAAAAAUUUUAUGUGCAAUAUUUUAUAGACCUAUGUAUCUGAAGCAUGUUUACACUGGCAUUAGGUUUUUUUCUUUUUUAAGAUCUUGAAUAUUAAAUAUGUUAGAGCAAUCCCACCAAAAUCCUAACAUUUACAAGACGCUUGAACAAAGAUGUAUCCUAAUUUCAACAAUCACACUUUAUUUUGACGAUGAACCAAACUCCCAGACCCUAAAAUUGAAGUCGUGCCUUAACGUGGAAAGAAGCCAUUUGGCUACAGCUGCAGCGCUUCAUUGGAAAUAAAAUGAAAGGCAUAUGGAAAAACACAGUGUUGUUGUUGACAUUCUCCCUGCCUGUGAAUUAAAUCCUGUCCUUGUAGCUGCUUCAAGUCUGUCAAGAACUGAAGGCUGGCACCCAGUGUCGGUGACUGACUCUAAUUGAGAACUGCAGGAAGCUCAAAGAGCUUGGGGGCCCCCACACCAGGCUCGGGGGGUCUAGGUGUCACUCCUCUAGGUAGAGGUGGCUCUACAGGUAGGCACUUUCUCAUAUGAUUUGGAGGAUGCCAAUCUGGCCUCUCUCCACCCGCAAAAUGUCCUCACUCCUCUCUCAGUGCCUGCAUUCGCUCCUUGGGAUUUUUAGUCAUAAAACAUCCCUGAGAAAAUGCGCAUCUUACCUUUGAAGGAGACAUUUCUGAAGGAACUCUUAGGAAAGAUUAACACAAGACCUCGUGGAGACAGGCCAUACAGACACCUGUAGAAAACUAGAACUCCCACAGGAGGAAGAUGGGGAUAGAGAUUGGAAGCAAGUCCUGAGGCUGAGCGCUUCAAAGGCAAACUCAGUCUUCCUCACUGAUCAGUCAGUGUGGUCCCUGCACAGAGCAGACUGCCCAGUCUGCCUGCCCACAGGUCCGGCUCCAAAGGACAUGUCACUUCCUAUACUCAGUGGCCCUCUCAGCCGCUCCAGAUGUGGACGCCAGUGGACAAAGGGAGAAAACUGAAGUCAGAUGACCCUUCCCUUCCUACUUUGUGAGCAGCCCCUGCCCAGGGAGAACACUGCAUUCUGAUAAUGCACUGCGUAGAUCUGCUUCUCAUUAGAGCAUUGCCAGUGGCCUUCAUAAUUCAUGAUGUGCUGUGCUCAUCUUAGACCCCGUGCUUUUAAAAAGAUCUCUUUAAAUUUUUUGCAGCUGGAUUUUCAGACGUAGAAAAAUGGGCAAAUUACAUUUUAUGAAUUCGGAGACUUUUCUACAGUAAAUAAACUAUAUGUGCUAAUCACCAUUCUUAGAACUCACCACUAAACUCGACUCUUAGAAUGGAAUGCUUUUUCUGUUUUUAUUUAAAUACACGUGUGUAGGUAUCUCUGAAGACUCCCAUGUACUGAUUGACUUUGUCACGAAUAAAAUAAAGAAUUAAAGAUGCUAUGA